AGCAGCAGGGAAGGUGCAGGCUGCCUCGUAGCAGCUGUGGUUGCCUGCACUGGUGCAUUGUGCAUGUAGGUUGGAGCAGGUGCUUGUGAGAGCUCAGAGGAUGCUGGCAGGCAGGGAGGGAGGGAUCUGAGCAGCUCACGUGUCUCCUCUGCCUUUUUCCUCCUCUCGCCCUGAUAAUGUUGAGCUUUUCUCUCUGUCACUGCAGGCUCAGGAUGGAGAACUAGCAGCCUCUGGGCACUGCAGCCUAGAACCCCCUGCCCCAGUUGCUGCUCCUCUCCCACACCCUCCAUUUGAGCUGGUUUUCAAAGAUCCAUUUUCUCCCUCCCUCCUCAUCUGGCAAAAGAAAGCAAAGGAAGAGCGCGCCCGCCUCUCAAUGAGAAGCCACAAGAAGAAGAAAGGGCACGAAGGUCUCUCUCCAGAGCAGCGUGAGCCCAGCCAGGGCAGAUCCCAGCACACGCUGAGCCUGGGGGGAUUAUGAGGCAAACAUGAGCCUCCUGCAGAAAUGGGUGUUAGCAGCUUUCAUCUCCCUCGUGCCUCAGUCAGCAGGUCGCGCCAAGGCGGAGACGCAGCCUGGUGCUUUGCAGGGGAGGUUUCCCAGCCCCAGAUGGGACACAAGGCCGGUCGCUUCAGAACUCACCCACCCCAGCAGGUUAGUGGGGCAGAGCGCGGGAGGAGAAGUCCAGAAGCAUCAGCUGGACACCAGGGUCAGGAAUGAGCCUCAAGGAGGAGGCAGCCCUUUUGUGCACCUGGCCCAGGUGAGCUUCCUCAUUCAUGCCUUUGGUUCGGCCUUCACCUUGGACCUGGAGCUGAACCACCACCUGCUCUCCUCGCGCUAUGUGGAGCGGCACUUUGGCCAGGAUGGGAACAGCAGCCACAGUCCGGGAGCGGGGGAGCACUGUUACUAUCAGGGCAAACUCCGAGGGGACAAGAGGUCCUUGGCAGCUCUGUCCAGCUGCCGUGGUCUGCACGGUGUCUUCUCAGACGGGAGGGAUAUGUACCUGAUUGAGCCCCGCAGAGCAGCCGAGCGUUGGCAGGGGCCCCUGCCUCACCUGAUCCAGCGCAUGCCUGCUCCCCACCCCCCUCAGGGGUGCACAGAGCCAGGCUGCCUGUUCGCUGCCCUGAGUCAGCAGGGCCCAGACACCCGUCCCAGACUGAGGAGAAGGCGGCAGGUGCGGCGAGCCCAGCGCACCGUGCACAGCGAGACCAAGUACAUCGAGCUGGUGGUGGUCAACGACCAUCAGCUGUUCGAACAGUUGCGCCGGUCUGUGGUCCUCACCAGCAACUUUGCCAAGUCCGUGGUGAACCUGGCGGACAUGAUAUACAAGGAGCAGCUGAACACGCGCAUCGUGCUGGUGGCCAUGGAAACAUGGGCCUCCAAGGACAAGAUCCACGUGGAGGAGGAUUCGUUGCAGACGCUGAGCGAGUUCAUGAGAUACCGGACGGAGGCGCUGCCGGAGCAGAGCGAUGCUGUCCACCUCUUCUCCGGGAGGACGUUCCAGAACAGCCGCAGCGGGACUGCCUACAUCGGAGGGAUCUGCUCACUCACCCGGGGUGGGGGUGUCAAUGAGUACGGGAACGUUGGCGCCAUGGCUGUGACUCUGGCUCAGACCCUCGGGCAGAACAUCGGCAUGAUGUGGAACAAGUACCGGAGCUCUGCGGGGGACUGCCGGUGUCCAGAUUCCUGGCUGGGGUGCAUCAUGGAAGACACAGGGUAUUACCUCCCGCGCAAGUUCUCCCGCUGCAGCAUCGAGGAGUACAGCCAGUUCCUGCAGGAGGGUGGGGGCAGCUGCCUCUUUAACAAACCCUUAAAGCUGCUGGACCCCCCUGAGUGUGGCAAUGGCUUUGUGCAGGCCGGAGAGGAAUGCGACUGCGGCUCGCUUGCGGAGUGUGCAAAGGGCGGUGGCAAGUGCUGCAAGAAAUGCACCCUGACCCACGAUGCCAUGUGCAGCGACGGGCUCUGCUGCAAAGGCUGCAAGUACGAGCCGCGGGGCACACCGUGCCGGGAAGCCGUGAAUGAGUGCGACAUCCCGGAGAGCUGCACUGGGGACUCCAGCCAGUGCCCACCCAACCUGCACAAGCUGGACGGCUACUUCUGUGACCACAAGCAGGGCCGGUGCUUUGGGGGCAGCUGCAGAAGCAGGGACAAACAGUGCAAUGCACUCUGGGGGCGUGCUGCUGCCGACCGGUUCUGCUACGAGAAGCUGAACGUGGAAGGGACCGAGAGAGGGAACUGUGGGCGCAAAGGCCCAGCCUGGGUGCAGUGCAGCAAGCAAGAUGUCCUGUGUGGCUACCUGCUGUGCACGAAUGUCACGGGCGCGCCGCGGCGGGGCGAGCUCAGCGGGGAGAUCACCACGAUGACCUUCUAUCACCAGAACAGACCCGUCGACUGCAGAGGUGGGCACGUCCAGCUGGUGGAUGGGUCGGAUCUGAGCUAUGUGGAGGACGGCACUCCCUGCGGCCCCAGCAUGCUGUGUCUUGACCACAAAUGCCUUCCCACGGCAGCCUUUAAUUUCAGCUCCUGCCCUAGCAGCUGGGACGGGAUGAUCUGCUUUGACCAUGGGGUCUGCAGCAAUGAGGGCAAGUGCAUCUGCCAUGCUGACUGGACGGGGAAGGACUGCAGCGUCUACGACCCCAUCCCGGAGCCCAAGCCCACCAGCGAAACCGAGAGAUACAAGGGUCCCAGCGGCACCAACAUCAUUAUCGGUUCCAUUGCUGGCGCUGUGCUGGUGGCGGCCAUCGUCCUAGGGGGAACUGGCUGGGGAUUUAAGAACAUCCGGAGAGGAAGGUCGGGAGGGGCCUAGUCUGGCCACCCCGCUCUGGCGGCUCUCUGGCUGUCCGCCUGCCCUGCCACGGGGGCAGGGAGAAAUCUCCUUAAAUAACAAACCAGUCACCAAAUAAUGAUGCGACGAGAUGGGUGA